CUCAGCUGAGCAAGAGUAAUGAAACAGCUGCUAGUCUUGAGAAAAGUGUUGCGCUGGUAGGAGCUACGUAACCAUCUCUCUGCGGACCAAGUGAGCUAUAGUUGUGGGGCGCGAGCAGAGCACCGGCACCAUGAGCACCACGAGCUCGGGGGCGGACGGCCGCCGGCGCUCGGCGGGCGAGCUGGCCGCGGACAGCAGCCGCAUCCCCGUGCCGCGGCGCUCGGCGUCGCUGCGCCUGCGCGGGGAGGGGGAGGGCGGCGCCCCCAGCUCGCGGCCGUCCUGGCAGCGCCGGCCGCUCGCCGUGCGCCGCAGUCUGCAGUCCCUGGGCUCGUGCCUCGCGCGGUCCACGCCGGAGUCUCACCCCGCCACGCCGACGCCGUCUCCCGAGGACCCGCGCCACCUCCUGCUCAGCAUCGACGAGGACGACGACGACCUGGACUCGCUGCGCAGCUUCGGCAGCGCGUGCAGCGCCAUGUCGUGCGACCACGCCUACUUCGCCCGCAACGGCACCACCUUCUCCGGGCGGCGCAUGAAGUACGUGGUGCACUGCUCCUCGCACGCCGGCGGCGCCGAGGAGUACCUCACGCCGACCCAGCGCGCCAACCGGCAGAUCCGCAAGCUCAAGGUUUUACUCAAGCAGGCACACAAAGAUCUGGAGAAAAAAGAUCAGGACAUCUUUCAACUCACCAAAGAAGUCGUCGAACUACGUUUGUUCAAAGCAUCUCUGGCUGUCACGACUGAUGGGAUGAGUCCUGCUACAUUGGCAAAAACUGCGCAAGAUGAGCACUUGCCAGACAGUCAGAAUGACAGCAACAGCUUGCCUAAUCAGUUGCCCGGAGGGUUUCUGGACGACAGCUCCCGGCAAGAGCUCAAAGUCCACACGCCAGACUCGGAGCACACGGAGAAGAGCAGUGCCUCGGACGUACCAUCCUCGCUCGAGGACUCUGGGCAUUUCGAGGACCUCGCAUCGUCGGCCGCUUCCUACAAGGAGUCGCUGAGGGUGCCUCGCUCUGCGGGGUUCUCGUCGGACUUGCUGACCCCUGACGGCGUCAACCAGUCUGAGGAGAGGGCGAGGCUAGUGAACCUUUACGAAAAGGGGAUGGAGAAAAUGCAGAUGAACCACAUGUUGCAAUACCAAGAGACGGUAGAGAAACACAACGAGAAGGUGGAGAAGUUGUUGCAGAAGCUGAGUGAUGGUGCCACCAGCUACUCUGAGCUGCGCAAGGAACACGACCGCGCGCAGGAGAGGAUCUGGGAACUGGAGAGGGAGGCAGAGACUAUGAAAGCAACAAUAAAGGAGCAGGAGGAGAGGCACAAGAGCAUGUACCUGAGAAUGUACAUGAAAGGCCAGGAGGCUGCGAGAUUCGAGCACGCCGAUCAGGUUCUGGAAUUUGCACAUCAAGCACCGAGUAGAGUUUCAGUGCCGGAGCUGUUGCAGCAGUUAGAGAACACCAAGAGUGAACUCGAAAAUAUGAAGGAUCAGGACGGCCGUCAGUCAGACAAACAUUUACCGUCUUUGCUAAGCGCAAAGGAGGCUGUUUCUCUCUGGCUGCUAGGCACGAGAAAGGCAAUGUAUCGUCGCAUUGUGGAAUCACGUGCCAGUAAAGGUGACAUAGACCCCGAGAUAACGCUCCAGUUCCUUAAGUCGGCUGUGUAUUACUUCCUCACGGACCGCGAGAAUCACCUGGGCCACCUGAAUGCGAUAGAGAGCAUUCUGGGCUACACAGACAGCGAGAAGCUCAAUAUUGACAAAAUGUACAAAGCAUUCAUCAGGAAGUAGAUUCAGAGACAACCUUUGAUUCAUAAAUGACUGAACUUUUAAACUGUUCUAACAAUGUACACCGAAAAUUAAAUUUCAUGCAUUGUGGGUACUGGGGAGAGAUAGUAGUUAACAUAUUAUACAUGUAUGUGUUUCAAGAACUGCAAAACCCCCACCCCAGAAACUCCACAAUGUAUUUUAUUGUAAAUACAUAUUUUAUUUCAGCACAUUAUUCUCCCAAGUAGUUAUGGGCUGGCUAAAUUUUUGUCAGUCAUACCAAGGAUGUUCCACAAACAUGGAAUCUUACAUUGUCACAAUUAUAUAUCUGUUUUCACUUACUAAGAUUAAAUUAUAAAAUUUUUUCUCAUUUUAAUGAAAAUAAUUGCUUAAAAAUUGUGUUAAAUAAACUUAUUACUGUAGUUUGAAGUCUUUCAAAAAUGUUGUUCAAUAUUAAAUAUGAUAAAAAUAAAUACUGAAUGCUGUUGUUUUUGUAACCUACGGUAUAAAUGUAAUAGAAAAAAAUAAAGCAUACUUGUGCUAUUGCAUUGAUAGAUUUUUAACAUUAAGUACAAUUAUUUGUUUUAGCAUAUGGUAAGUACACAUAAGCAGUUGGGUUCAUACAAAUAGAGGAAAACCUAAGCAAACUACUGUAUGUAGAGUGUCACCUUGUUAUAUAGUGUAACGUGGAUGAACAUUAUAGAUCUCUAGAAAAAUACUAUUUAUGGCUACGUGUUCUAAGACUGUCAAAUGAGAGUGGAAAAAAGUACUUUACAUUCAUGUACUGGUGUAAAGUCUCAAUAAAGAAAAUUAUUAUUAUUUUA